CUACACAAAAAAAAUGGUGAGCAAGGGAAGCAUCUUCUCACGGAAAGCAAUGCUAUGAAUUGGGUUGGCAUAGUUGUUGAGGCUGAGGCACCUCAGCUGAAGGAGACUGAAGACGGGGUCAUUGAUGAAGACUUGUAUGGCUCAUUACACAACCUUGGUCAUGACAAGUUUGCUGAGAUUGGUUACCAGACAUAUUCUUCAAGCAAAAACCGUUGGGGGGUAAUGGGGUCCACCUCUGUUGCAAUACGUGAUCCAGUUUUUUGGAUUUGGCACAGGCACAUUGAUGAUUUCCGUCAGUCCAUCGUAAAGAAAUACAAGCAACAUGCACUAAAAGAGAGUGCCCCACCUCAUGUGAAGCUCACUGAAGUACAAAUUUUGCCACAAGACGAAAAUUCUACUACACCUCAUGGAGGCAUUGCCACAUAUCUCACUGCACCUCAGUUGGAUAAGCAUGAAGUCAAUGCUAAGCUCAACCAUGAGCCAUACAAGUGGGUGGUCAAGGUUGAAGCCAUUGGAGACAUAGAAAAGUUUAAGCCAUUUACCGUACGAAUCUUCAUAGCUCCGAAGCUACUGAUGGGUGAGCAGCGCCGUUACAUUGAGAUGGAUAAAUUUUCAUAUACUCUUACUAAAAGGACUGCAACAAUUACAAGGCUAGAUGUGCAGUCUUCUGUGGCCCGCAAGCAUUCUAAUCCAUUGGAGCACCGGGAUCCACGCUGUUUGUGUGGAUGGCCUCAAAAUAUGAUGUUACCCAGUGGUACUGAAAAGGGCAUGGAUUAUGUAAUCUUUGCUAUGCUCACUAAUGAUUCUAUCUCAGAGGAUGAUGAAGUAUCAAUAUCUUUCUGUGGAGCUAAGGAUGAUAAAUACCCUGAUGAACGUGGCAUGGGAUAUCCAUUUGAUAAAGCAUGGUUCACGACAUCCUCAGAGAUGCAAGAGGCUAUCAUGGACUUACAGCAUGUGAAGUUGUCAGAGUUUAAGAUUUAUCGUGAAACAAAGCUUUACGAAGGACGAAAAGUGUCACUCAAAGGAGAUAUCAGUUGGGAAAAUACCAUCCAAUCUUUGUUCACAAAGAGUGAUAAAAAAUACAUGAGUGACAACUACAAUAUUGACUUGGAAAAAAAGUCAGAUGUGAUUCGAUACCGGAUGUUUAUACUUGGUUUAUUUGAGAAUGGUACAGAUGAUGCAUCUGGCAAUUUACCUAAGUGGGAUAGUGACAAACUUGCUAAACUGGAAGCGUGGAUAGAUGCUGAUUUUCCUUAAAAACUAAUAACUCUCAAAUAGGGCUAAGGUCAUCAUUAAGAUGAUCAAAUAUUUUUUGCUUAGUAUUUUUGGUUUUAGGAUUUUUGUAAAAUUUUUAUUAAAUGACAUUGUGAGUGUGACUGAA